AUGAGCAGCACCGAUUUCUACUACGACCCUUCCACCUGGCCUCUGGCAAGUCCACUUGAUUCUCAGGAUUCAAUGUCCUUUGAUCUUCUGGGCGACCCGGAGCUAGGAUCCCAUCCAUUCGUAGCCAGUGACUUUUCACCGACCGCGCAGGAAGAAUUGGGCUCUACACUGGUUAUUGUCCAGCAGGACUGGAGCAACAAUAUUUCCGAGAAAUUGCCGCAUGCAUACCACGAUUACCCUCCAUCCUGGUACGAGGCUGGUCUGGUGAACACGCAGAACAAAAACAAGAGGCAUGGAUAUACAAGGUAA